UGAUGAGAACCAAGAAAACUCUCUCCGCGAACGUUCCUGAUUUGCUCCACUUCAUCUGAACAUAGUGAGCAUCUUCUUUUCUUCAAGAAAGCGCUUCUUGUCGUCAUCCCUCUCUUCAGUUCCAUGUAGCCUUGAAGGGUUUCGUUAGUGACAGAGGAGUACUUCCUGAGCAUGGGAGGGAAUAACCGCUGCGUGGGUGCGCUAAACGUAGCCAGAAUGACCGUCACGCUGUUUGCAAGCUGCCUUUGCCUGAUCAGUUUCAUUCAGUUUUCAACAGGACAACCGUUUGCUGAUUUGGAAUGCGAGGUGAAAAAGGCAGCGCUAGCGUUCGGUGCCGAGCGCACUGGGACGAAUUUAGCGGCUCUGGAGAGGGGUCUGAACUUUGCGGACAAUUGCUCACACCAUCUUCCGGCGCAAGACGACACUCGUCCACCUAGCGAACACAUACCUCGUAUGUCAGCUAGCGCUCUUCGAUUGUUUGUAUCACCGAGUGGAGACGACCAUAAUCCCGGCACAACACCAGAUAAACCCUUCAGCACGCUAGCUCAGGCUCGCGACGCUAUUCGCUAUCAUAAACGACAACAGCUAGCGAGCAACUCGAGCAGUGUGUGGGCAGGUGCGGUGGUGAAUAUUAGCGAUGGAAAAUACUUCAUGAAGCAUCCAUUGCAUCUGUCUGUGGAAGACAGUGGAAGCGAAGACGCACCAAUACUCUACACGGCCUCGCGUCCGAAUGGCAAGGUUACUCUGAGUGGUGGAACACCGCUCACGUUGUCCUGGACAAAGAGCAAAACAAAUACAAACGUCUUCCAGGCCCAGGUACCAGAAGGCAUGACGUUCACCACUCUGUUCGUCAACGGCGUUCGGCAGAUCCGUGCACGCUACCCCAACGGUGAUCCUCAGCAGAUGUCCGGCGUGUGCUAUUAUGUCAGUCAAGAGGGCGACGAAGGUUGUCAAGGUUACGCCACGGCGAGCGGUGCAAUAUCCGAGGACGCCAGGCUUGACCACCUCUUCAAAGAUCGCCAAGACGGUAGCGUGGCGGAAGAUCUGGACGCUUCUCAAGACCUCCACUCGCACUCGACACUGCAGACAGCAGCAGCAGCAGCGCCCUCACCCAGUGACACGAUGAUAAGUGUGGAUAAACCAGUUCGUCCACAUCAUGUCACUGGUGAUGAUCACUGGCCAUCAUUCCACUAUCAUACGUACUCCGCUCUAGACGGUGUGCCCGGACUUCAGCCCGUCUACUCAUUCUGGAACGAUCCAUACCGUGAUCGGCCAAAGGGAAUCAAAUACGGCGCAGAGAUGGCCAACAGGACGGCAUCGUGGAGCAAUCCCAGUACCGGCGUUGUUCAUAUGUUCCACACUCAGUACUGGGGAAACUGGAUGUUUCAGGUAAGCUGUCAUGUGACCUGAUUACUCAUAACGUCACAAGGGCUAGUCAUGUGACCUGCUUUGCAUGACGUCAUCAAUGGCUGGUCAUGUGAUGUGGAUUUGUCAUGUGACCUGAUUGCACAUGAUGUCAUCAAUGGUUUGUCAUGUGAGCUGCUUACGCAUGAUGUCAUUAAUUAUUGGUUAUGUGACCUGCUUAUGCAUUAUGUCAUCAAUUAUGAGUCAUGUGGCAUGCCCAGUGCUUUUGUAGCCAGUGUUUGCGGGUCUGAAUAUCGUGACACAAGAGUAUUCAGGACAUCUGCCUAUAUA